AUGUUCAGUGCAGCAUCACAACGAUUUUGCAUCUCAUCGGAUGGAGACGAUUGGCACAGUGCACUGAGAAGUGGACUACAGGCAAUCAUGCGUUAUGGACAUGCACAGCCUGGUUAUAGAUCAAUGGUCGAUCCACUCCAUAGUGCCGUGCAUUCGGUUACAUCAACCACUUAUGAGAAGGCAUAUUGGGAGAAAGUUGUUGCGGUAAUUUGCGUUUAUUAUCUAAAAAUUUCACUGAUGUCAUUGGCAUUUUAUAUAGCAAAGUUCCUAUUAUCCUAUCAAGAGUAG